GGCAGCAAAUAGGGAAGCCCAAAACUGAACAGGCACUGCCCAGGGCAGCUUCGUGUAGGCCGAUUCCAGACAGGCAGCGCAGAGGGCAGCCCCGUGAGGGUCCUUGGCCUGCCAUGCCGCGCUGAGUGUUUGAAUGCUGGAAGCGGCAUCGACAUGACAGAGAUCGCUGAGAGACAGGUGUUAAAAUGGAGAGUGGCGACCAGUUUUGCCUGGUCAGUCAUAUUGCUACCUCUGAGCUGUGUGGCCUUCAUAGCUGUCAGCAGGCUCAACAUCCUUCACCCUAUACAGUGGCUUACAGAUUUACUGGGUGACGCUACCAGCAGUUCCACAUUCUUUUGUCUGCUUCUGCUGUCUGUGCUGCAAGGGGUCCAAUGUGCCUUCAAUGUGAAGUCCUACUCAGUGGUGCCUACAAUCCCUGGCUCCCGCCUCUCCCUGAUCGGACAGAUCCUGCUUCCACAACGAGUAAUUCACUCAUUUGUUCAUUCCCUUAUGGGAGUUUUGGUGUUUUGGUGCUGUACCGUCCUCAGCCGAGGUCCAUACCAUAGUCUGGCGGUUCCCUGCAAUGCCCAUCCCAGUGAUAAAGGUGAAGUACCAAAGAUGUGUCUGAAUGAGCGUUACCUCUUCCUGCUGCUUACUGGAGCUUUCCUGGGUUAUACUUACAGCUUGCUGUAUUUCAUCCACAACAUGAACUACCUGUCUUUCCCUGUCAUGCAGCAAUUUAAAUAUCUUCAGUUCCGGAGGUUCCUGCCUUUACUUCUGCAUUACAGCUGUGUCCAGUCCUUGUACAUGGUUCGGAAUUUUACUGCUGUCUACUUUUUCCUGGGUUCUAUUCCACGGGCAUGGUUUCAAGGCAUCCUGAACUUGUAUCUGGAUCAACAGUUACCACCACUUGAUUCUCUGCUUGGGCUCCUGGAUUUCUCGUUAUUUUACCAGAUCUGGUUGUGUGGUACUUUCCUGCUGGUCACCUGGCACAUUGUCUGGUUACUAUUCCAGAUCCACACAACAGAGACCCGAAUGUUUCCUAUACAGACGUCCUUUGUUGAAGAUGCAGAAAUGUGCCUUCCCAAUGCUUUAAGCUGCAACUCUUCACUCUUAAAGUAUCUGGCCUUCCAAGAUCUUGUGCUGCUCUCUCAAUAUUCCAAAACUCAGAGGCAGGAGGUUUUCAGCCUGAGCCAACCAGGAGGUCAUCCAUACAACUGGACCGCUAUCUGUACGGAAUGCCUGAGUGUCUUAAGCAAUCUCACUGACAGACUGGUGGCUCACCAAGAAGCUGCUGCAAGUAAUGGGCGCGUGAGGUUCCCUUCCUCAGCGGAGUUGAGGAAGUCAUCCAGCAGCUCAGGCACAUCAUUGAAUGAAUCUGUUGACCAGGCUGGGAAAAUUUCUCCUGUUUCUCGAACACCCAUCUCUUCUCUUAUAAAGAUCAAGACUGCUCUCAAAAGACCUUGGGACUCUGGCGGUGCUUUUGCCUCCCCAGUGCUGGGUCAUAUCUCCACUGUCCAGGACCAGAAUUCUCCAUGGCAUGGAUCAGUGCAGAGCCCCCACAUUAUCAGGAGAGGUACAAAGCUUUGGACGUGUGGUACGGAUGUGGAUAUCCAGCGGAGCGCCUCAGAAGCAUCCUCUAUCUCCCAGGUUAGCCACAGACCUGUCAGCAGCAGCGAAGGGCCCAGUUUCUUCUUCAUAUGGUACCAAAACAGACUGGAGCAGAUCAAAAACUUCUUGUCAAAGCGAGUCUUGAUCAUUUAUCUUUUCAGCAAGCACCCAGAGGCCUCCAGUCAGGAAGUGUUUGCAGAUUCACAGAUCCAUAUCUGGGCUUUGGAAGGGUUGUCCCAUCUGGUGGCGGCAUCAUUCUCUGAAGACAGGAUGGGGGUGGUGCAGACGACGCUGUCCAACAUACUAGCCACACUUCUGAAUCUACAAGAGGCAGUAGAGAAGCAUUUUAAGCUCCCACAUGUGUCCAGCAAGCCUGCUAGAGCUGCAUCGGGUUUGGCAGAUUCCUCCUAUAAGACACUAAGAUUUGCCCUGCGAUCUACUCUGAAGACUGCAAUCUAUAGGAUAACCACAACGUUUGGAGAGCACUUACACGCCAUUCCAGUAUCCACAGAGCACCGGAAAAAGCUGCAGCAGUUCCUCGACUUCAAAGAAUGAAGCACCAAUUGGGAAUCGUCUCAUAGGAAUGUGAUUUGUAGAUUACACCCUCUCACUGCAGAGGGUCCUUAGAGAAUUUGUCACAAAGCAAAAUACCCAUGUGAGAAGCCUCACAUGGAAGCUGCAUUCUAUGUCUGGUUUAGCAAAUGGCAGCAUCUACGUAGAGCUAGUAGAAAGGCC